GUCUAAUACGGCCGUUUAAUACGAUGUAUCAGCGGUAAGAGAAUCUCGCGAUCUGUCCAAACGCUAUUGCGGGGAGCGAUUAUUGCGCCCCGCGACGCACAGCUCUGCGUGUUGCGGGGUUUUCAAACCGCUACCAUUCCCUGCCCUGAACCCGAAAUUGACUUAUGCGUUCUUACCAUCGUCGAUCAGCGCGUCUUCCUCGCCCACCUCCCGCCGGAAUGGGAAUCUCGUGGAGAUGCGUGUUCGUGUUUCUUCUAGUCCUGAUAUCUCAGUUUGCCGAACCAACCUUAGGGAUCCGAUUUCCUCAAGCGAUCCCAGAAUCCUCCCGCCAAAAUUCCAAUCGCCCUCUAAAGUCGGCCGUCUUCGCACUUGGGAGCUUUUGGAGAUCGGAGGUGGUCUUCGGAUGCCUACCAGGCGUUGUGCGGACGUUGGUCGGCUACGCUGGCGGCACCAAGGCUAACCCCGAGUAUCGGAACCUAGGAAACCACGCCGAAUGCGUUCAGAUUGAAUAUGAUCCAACUCUAAUUUCAUUCAAGCAGCUCUUGGAUGUUUUCUGGGCUAGUCAUGAUUCUAGGCAGGUCUUUGGACAAGGUCCUGAUGUUGGCAACCAAUAUAGAUCCAUUAUAUUUACAAAUGGUAGCCUAGAAGCCAGGUUAGCUGCUUCCAGUAAAGAAACGGAACAAACUAAGAGCAGGAGCAGCAUUGUUACAACCCAAAUCCAGCAACUGGGGGUUUUCAAUCCUGCAGAAUCAGAUCAUCAGAAAUUCGAGCUAAAACGCAAUAAAUUUCUCAUGCAACUGAUUGGAAACAUGCAAGAAGAGGAGCUUCAGAAAUCAACUUUGGCCGCCAAACUAAAUAGCUAUGCUGCUGAACUCUGUCCUCCCAAAAUUCAAAAGAAGAUUGAUGCCAAGAUUGAUGAGAUUCUUAAAAUUGGUUGGCCUCUUCUUAGGGAAGUGUAGAUCACUUUGAACUUAAUUUUGGUAAGUAUACAUUUUACGAGUAUGUUAUUUGAUAUUGAUUAUUUAUCAAUACUUUAUCGUGUGAUUCUGUGUGAAUGCUGUACUUCGAAAUUACUUUUGAAAGAUAGUAGAAUGUGGAUGGAAGGUUCGAAGAUAAAAGAUGACAGAGUUAUUGCUGGUUAUCUUAGAAGAAACUUUUGAUAUUGUCAGCAAUAAAUUUGAAUGUAAAUAAAAGUGAAAUUAAUUUAGUGAAGUAUUUUUUGUAC